CAACCUCUAUCCCAUUAGUCAUGAACUGUUCCUAGUAGUACCACGAUCAUGGACAGUAUUUUACUCGAAUAGGAAAGCCGAGGUAGAGACCUGACAUAGUCAAGCUACCCAGAUGAUCGGACCGCCAAGAUAAACUUACCACUAUCUAACUCCGAAUUUCCGCGUCUAAUCGACCAAUUCGUCACAAACCACACCCUCUCGCGCAUUAUCAGCCCUGCCUUCAAAAGGGCAUGGACAGACAUGCCAUGGCUGCCAUGGUCUUUCAAAUCGAAAGAGAACUCCGAUAGCACUGAAUCUCAAUCCUCUCCAGACACCACCGCAACACAACAACAACAACAACCGGCAUCAGUCCCACCCAACAAGAACAGCAAAGACUGGAACUCAAUUCUCAAUGCUACGGAUUGGAUCAAGUUCACAGAGCCAUCUCACGUCAUCCCUACAGUUCUCUUGACGAGUGGGAUUUUAUUCGCCGUCCACGUCCAUCGUCGGUUCUUGCGCCGGAUUCCCGAAGCGGUCGAUAUCGCCCCGUCGUAUUUUCGCAAGAGGAGUAUAUUAGGCCAGGUUACGAGCGUGGGCGAUGGGGAUAAUUUUAGAAUAUUCCAUACUCCUGGUGGGAGGCUUGCGGGGUGGGGUUGGUUACGGGAAAUACCUACGUCGAGAAAGGAGUUGAAGGCGAGAACGAUCCACGUCCGCCUCGCAGGUAUCGAUGCUCCAGAACUCGCGCAUUUCGGCCGUCCCGCACAACCGUUCGCCCGUGAAGCGCACGAAUGGCUCACCUCAUACCUCCUCAAUCGGCGCGUGCGCGCAUAUCUCCAUCGUCCGGAUCAGUACCAACGUGUCGUGGCUACCGUGUACGUGCGACGUCUUCUCGACUUCCCGAUUCCAUUUCGACGACGAGAUGUGUCGUACGAGAUGCUGAAGCGCGGAUUAGCCACCAUCUAUGAGGCCAAGAGGGGAGCUGAGUUUGGUGGUGAGGCGAUGGAGCAGAAGUACCGGAAAGCGGAAUGGUGGGCAAAAAUGAAAGGGAAGGGUCUCUGGAGGGACUAUAAGCGCAAUGGAUCCGAGUGGGAGAGUCCUAGGGAUUAUAAGAAUCGCAUGGGGAUGACGGGUUUGGGAGAAGAUACUACGUCGCCUUCAAAGACGAAGCGCGUUUAGCAUGUCCUUUUUGGGACCGUUUGCAUGAUAGAUAGUUUAUGACUCUGAUGUUUUAAUGUGAUUUAGCGAGGGACCUGGGCCUCUAGGCCAGCUGCGGUAUAGG